AUGAAAACUUAAGCAGUCGAUUAAAGAAGGCAGUCAAUGACUUAUCUGAGUAAUGCUCUAAGUUAAAUCACGCAGGAGGAAAAGAAAAAGUCUAUGAAAUAGCGAUUAACUUAAUUGCAGAAGAACAGAAUAGCGCUGAACUAUAUAAGAGCUCGAGAGAGUGCAGAGGACAUUAAUUUGAAAAGUUAUAGAGACUCAGAUGGUAGCGAUGAAAAAGUCACCAAAUAAGCUGAGAAGAAAUCAAUAAUAAAUAUGAUGACUCAUAUUACUGACUAUAUAAGCAACAAGAAUAUAGAAGACCCAGUUAGAAGUUCAACUUUUAUUAGAAAACCAGUUAAUGAUGGACUAUUUAUGUAUGGAGUUAAUCCUUAUGCUUCAAAUCAAAGUGUAUAACAAAGAAGACAAUCUAGAGUUUCUAAUUCGCCUUUUGAUGUCAAAUAAAAUGAUAAUGGAAAUUAUGUGAGAUUGCAAACUCAGUAAUCUUUUUACUCAAGCACAUUGCUAAAAUCUUCAAGAUCCAGAUAGAACUCCACAUAAUUAGGAGGAUUGAGAAAAACAUCUUAUGAUGGAGGCUAGCAAUUUUAAGAUAACUAAAGCAAUUUUGGUGGUUCAAUGACCUUAGAUGAAAGCCUAGUUGAGCAAAAUUUGUUAAAGCAAAUGAUAUUGGAUAAUAGCUAGUACGAUUAAUAGCAUAACAGAUCAGUUCAGGCUUUGUAUCCUAAAAAUAUUGAUAAAACUUACUACAGUAUAUGUUAAGAUCUAUAAGUUAUUGAUGAGAAACCAGCUCACUCUAAGAUUAUAGAUCCUUUACAAUAAAACUCAAUGUACUCAAAUCUAAGAAAUUCACAAUAAUCAAGAUCUAAAUCUCACACAGCUAUUCACCAGAGUAGAUUAGAUAGGAUAAAGAUUAAAUGCUAAUUUGCUUUGUAAGAACAGUCGGAUCUACUCUACAAAAAGGUUUAGGAUAAAAUAGUAGAUGAGAUUUAAGACGCCAUAGAAAUUAAUAAUAAUGGCAUCCUUGGCUAAAGCAAAUUAGCCAAUGAAAUGAGCGCAAAUAAUAUAAGGAAACUUAAAAACUCGAGGCUUAAGUAAUAAAUUAAAAUAAUUAAGGAAAGGGAAUCAUAGGAAUUUAAAGGCAUUAAAAGUUUGCCUAAUGAUGAUUUUUUAAGAGAAGAAAUAGAGUAUGAAAAUGAAUAUGGGAAUAAAGAUCAAAGAAGCGCGAGUCUUUUGGACUUAGAAAGAAUUCAGAAAUAAAAGGCACUUGAUUAUCACACCUCAGAAAACCCUAAAGGAGGUCAAAAUAAAAAUAAUUUAAAUGAAAAUACUGAGGCAUCAUCUGAAAAUAGUAAGAAUAAUUUCCUUAAGUAAUUUCUAUUCCUGUAACAUACUAAAGCCGGUAGGAAUUCAAAGUUACAAUCAAGGUUAUUGAAAAGAACAUCUUAAAUGAGUGAUGAGUUAAACAAUGCAUCUCUGCUUUUGCCUAAAUAUAAGAUUAAAGGGAAUAUCAAGCAUGCUUUUGAGUAGCAAUUAAGAACUUCAACUGGAGUUGGAGGGGUUAAAGAGGAGUAAUUAGCCAGACAAGCUGAUCGUACCAUCGAGAGAAUCGAUGAGUUUGAAAAAGCGAAUACAAUUAACAAGAUUAGUGUGAAAGAGAUAAGUGAAAAAUACAAAGACUUUAAUCUUAGAAGAAAUUUAAGACUUAAAAAUAAGAUUAAACUAGAGGGCUUGUGA